AUGGAUAGAUUUGUGCACAUGGUUCUAAUCUGACAGGCGAGGAAGAGAAGAAGAGAGGACAUAAAUUUAUGUGGAGUGUUGUUGAUUAAUAUGGUUUGAUUUGCUUCUUCUUGGCCUGAUAUGCCUACUCGCGAGUCUCGGAAAUAAAACAAGUAUCUAUGUAUUUUUGUUUGCAAGCCACGCUGUUGUACAUAUCCUUCGUGCUGCACGCUUUUCGUCGCUCGAUCAUAUAAGCGAAAUCCGAAAAAUCUCACACGCACGCUCGUGCACGCGUUUCUUCGAUGCUGUGAUGCGAAAUGUUAUGAUGGCAGGCAUCACACGUUAUUCUUCACGGACGCGUGUCAUUACACCGUGAUGUAAGUACUUGUUUUAGCCGGUUGUACAUCUUUCCUGAGGAAGAGAAAGGAAGAUUCCUGAAGCCUUAAUGUUUAUCGUCUCUGAUACUCUGCAUUCUCAUCUGUGGCUGUUUAAUUAUUGCUUUGAUGUUAUCGCGAUAAAUGAAAAUGUAGACGAUUAUCUUGACAUUAGAGAGAUCUUUGGUCCGAGUAUGUGAUUGUAAAUUUUCGUGUGUACAAAGGUAGAGGUAUCAGUGAUUACCCUUAUGUCUUAUAAAAAAUAUAAUUGUUCAGUGAAGGGCAGUUUCAACGAUGGAUUGCGAUUACAUGACCUUUUACAGGGAGAAAGACUUUCAUAAUAGAUGCUGCGGUGGAAAGCUCUGGUGUAUUAAGGAUAUAUGUGGAAUCAUAUGUGCAGUAUUAACAUGGCUAUUGAUAAUCUAUGCAGAAUUCGUAGUGAUGGCAGUGAUUCUUAUUCCUACAAUAAAUACAUUGUAUUCCAGUUUAAAUAUGGCCAUUUUCCAAUCUUUAGCAUUCCUGGCCUUUGCGUCGCAUCUAAGAACCAUGUUUACAGAUCCGGGUGCAGUGCCGAAAGGCAAUGCAACGAAAGAGAUGAUCCAACAAAUGGGAUUUAGAGAUGGACAGGUUAUUUUUAAGUGUCCAAAAUGUUGUUCUAUUAAGCCCGACAGAGCUCAUCAUUGCUCUGUUUGCCAAAGAUGCAUCAGGAAAAUGGAUCACCAUUGUCCAUGGGUUAAUAAUUGUGUAGGGGAAAAUAAUCAAAAAUACUUUGUACUUUUUACUUUUUAUAUAGCGGGCAUAUCAUUGCACUCUCUAUUUCUGUGUGUACAACAAUUUACCAUGUGUGUCAGACAAGAAUGGAGAGAAUGUUCCACGUUCAAUCCACCAGCAACGGUGGUGUUAUUGUUAUUUCUAGCAUUCGAGGCACUUUUAUUUGCCAUUUUUACUGCUGUAAUGUUAGGCACGCAACUGCAAGCUAUUUGGUAUGAUGAAACUGGUAUAGAACAACUUAAAAAGGAGGAAGCUCGAUGGGUUCGCAAUAGUAGAUGGAAAUCGAUUCAAGCAGUUUUUGGAAGAUUUUCGAUAGCUUGGUUUUCCCCCUUUACCUCACCUCCUAACGCAAAAACGAAAUUAGAUUCUUAUCUAUAUUCUGUUUAAAUUAUAUUUUGAUAUGUAUAACCAUGACCUACAUAUAGAGGAAUACUUAAGGUAAGUAUACAUAAAUACUAUAAUGAUGUUCGAUUAGUAUACAGGCUGAUUCCUGAAAUUGCGGACUACAACUCUUCUUUUAAAUGAAGAGAAAUGAUACA